AUGGCGAUAGGACCGUCAACCCUUCUGAUCACAGAAUGGACGCUUAUAGCCUUGUCGACACUCGUCAUCAUCGCGCGAAUUUACCUCCGACUCGUCAUCCAAAAACGAAGGCUCAUCGAUAGCGACAUAUGGAUGAUUCUAGCAUGGGCAGCUGGUAUCACCGUGGCGUCGUUCUGCGUCACGUAUGUUCACAUGGGGGUGAUGGAGCCAUGGGUCGACGGCACUUUGAACGACUAUGCUGGAACUCGCGAGGAUAAAGAAUUCGUUCUCAAGUUACUUUGGAUCUGUGCUCUGCCUUUCUUCACGGCGUUUUAUCUCUGCAAGGCUGCUCUGCUUGCUGUUUACCGCCAGGUCAUUCCUGUUCAUAUGCACAAGAGGAGAAUGUUUCUGUGGGCCACUGUUCUUUACGUCGCUCUAUCUUAUAUCGUCACAAUGGUUCUUCCAUUUUGUGUCUGUAUCCCGGUCACUCGAUUCUGGUCGUUGGAACCUGGCAACAAAUGUCCUCACAAUGCUGCAAUGAUGUUCUUGAAGACUUCUUGGGCUCUGCAUUUUGCUGGCGAUGUGUUCAUCUUCAUUCUUCCCUGGCUUAUCGUACCUGAUCUCAUGAUCAAAGGAUGGCUGCGAGUUGGUGUUUACUUGACCUUCCUUCUCGGCAUCAUCAACAUGGUCAUCAGCAUCGUCCGCUUCCAUGAACUAUUCAUACUCGGAGCCAACCGCAAAGUCUCCAUCGUCGAAGCCCACUUCUGGAAUACCCUGGAUCUGUAUCUCGGUCUGGUCAUCGCCUGUCUCCCCUCAUUACGGCCAUACUUCGACCUCGCUGCCAACUCACGCGCAUUCAACAGCAUUCGAGGAAAGGGAACAAGCCAAAGCAGUCGCUACACCACUGAUUCCAUCCAGAAACCUGAGGCAGCGAGACUUGCGCAGGAUCAAUCGGGUAUUUCGCCUAGUCGGCCUAUCAGACGCUUAUCACAAUCAUCUCAAGACUUUGACCUAGAGUCUUGUCCUGACUCGUCAGAUUCACACGAGGAUGCAAAGAAUAAGGCUUUUGAGAUUGAAUUGGCUCGGGUUCGUACUCGUGUGAAGGAGUCAUCUGAUGAGUAA